GUGGCGCAGGCGCCUCUGCCGCUGUGGGCUGUGCUCGUGAGUGGGGGCGUCCCGGCAACCCCGGCACGGUACCUCCCGCCUGCGGAGCGGUACAGUCUCGCCCCUGAUCCUCAAGUCCCUGUCACUGGCUGUCCCAAGCAGGCUGGCUGCCUCUGCGCUGGGAGAACAUCGCCUCAGGGCCAUGUCCAGGCCCAGCAGCGUCUCCCCGCGGCCGCCUGCUCCGGGCGGUGGCGGCGACGGCGGCGUAGGAGGCGGCCUCGCUGCCUGUGGCUCUGGGGGUGGCCGCCGGGCCAAGGGUCUGAAGGACAUUCGUAUCGACGAGGAGGUGAAGAUCGCAGUCAACAUCGCCCUGGAGCGCUUCCGGUACGGGGACCAGCGAGAAAUGGAAUUUCCUUCUUCUUUGACCAGUACUGAAAGAGCUUUUAUUCAUCGAUUGAGUCAGUCUCUUGGUUUGGUCUCUAAAAGUAAAGGAAAGGGAGCAAAUAGAUACCUAACUGUGAAGAAGAAAGAUGGAUCAGAAACAGCUCAUGCAAUGAUGACCUGUAAUUUGACUCAUAAUACAACACAUGCUGUUAGGAGCCUAAUUCAGAGAUUUCCUGUCACCAAUAAAGAGCGUACCGAACUUCUGCCUAAAACAGAAAGAGGAAAUGUGUUUGCAGUUGAAGCUGAAAAUCGAGAAAUGAGCAAGACAAGUGGACGACUCAGCAAUGGCAUACCUCAAAUUCCAGUGAAAAGAGGAGAAUCUGAAUUUGAUUCAUUCAGGCAGUCUUUGCCAGUGUUUGAGAAACAAGAAGAAAUUGUUAAAAUAAUUAAGGAAAAUAAAGUAGUUUUGAUUGUAGGAGAAACUGGAUCUGGAAAGACCACACAGAUUCCUCAGUUCCUUUUAGAUGAUUGCUGUAAAAAUGGUAUCCCCUGCCGUAUAUUUUGUACUCAACCAAGACGAUUAGCAGCUAUUGCUGUAGCUGAAAGAGUUGCUGCAGAGAGAAAGGAAAGAAUUGGUCAAACGAUUGGAUAUCAGAUUCGAUUAGAAAGCAGGGUUUCUCCAAAGACACUUCUGACAUUUUGCACUAAUGGGGUGUUGCUUCGUACAUUGAUGGCAGGUGAUAGUACAUUGUCAACUGUGACACAUGUAAUUGUGGAUGAAGUGCAUGAAAGGGAUCGAUUUAGUGAUUUUUUACUUACAAAAUUAAGAGAUUUGUUGCAAAAGCACCCAACUUUGAAACUGAUUCUUUCUAGUGCUGCUUUGGAUGUAAAUCUCUUUAUAAGAUAUUUUGGAAGUUGUCCAGUGAUAUAUAUACAGGGAAGACCAUUUGAAGUAAAGGAAAUGUUUCUGGAAGAUAUUUUAAGAAGUACUGGAUAUACAAACAAAGAAAUGUUAAAGUAUAAAAAAGAAAAACAGCGAGAAGAAAAACAACAAACCACGCUUACAGAAUGGUACUCAGCUCAAGAGAAUACUUUUAAACCUGAAUCUCAGCGACAGAGAACAGUUCCAAAUGUGACUGAAGAGUAUGAUUUAUUAGAUGAUGGAGGUGAUGCUGUCUUUAGUCAGCUGUCAGAAAAAGAUGUGAAUUGCCUUGAGCCAUGGCUGAUAAAGGAAAUGGAUACUUGUCUUUCUGACAUAUGGCUACAUAAAGAUGUUGAUGCCUUUGCUCAAGUCUUCCACCUUAUUUUAACUGAAAAUGUUAGUGUUGAUUACAGACAUAGUGAAACCAGUGCCACAGCACUGAUGGUUGCUGCAGGACGAGGCUUUGCAAGCCAAGUGGAGCAGUUAAUCAGCAUGGGUGCCAACGUCCAUAGCAAAGCAUCAAACGGCUGGAUGGCCUUAGAUUGGGCUAAACACUUUGGGCAGACUGAAGUUGUGGAUCUCCUAGAAUCUUACAGUGCUUCAUUGGAAUUUGGAAAUCUAGAUGAAAGUUCUCUGGUUCAAACAAAUGGAAAUGACCUGAGUGCAGAAGACAGAGAGCUCCUGAAAGCUUAUCAUCAUAGUUUUGAUGAUGAAAAAGUAGACUUGGAUUUGAUCAUGCAUCUUUUAUACAAUAUCUGCCAUAGCUGUGAUACUGGUGCAGUAUUAAUUUUUCUACCUGGAUAUGAUGAAAUUGUUGGUCUGAGAGAUCGCAUCCUGUUUGAUGACAAGCGGUUUGCUGACAGUGCACAUAGAUAUCAGGUCUUUAUGCUUCAUUCAAAUAUGCAAACGUCUGAUCAAAAGAAAGUAUUAAAAACCCCACCUGCAGGUGUUCGUAAAAUAAUUCUUUCCACAAAUAUUGCUGAAACCAGCAUAACAGUCAAUGAUGUUGUGUUUGUUAUUGAUUCUGGAAAAGUGAAAGAGAAAUCCUUUGAUGCACUGAACUUUGUUACAAUGUUAAAAAUGGUAUGGAUUUCUAAAGCUAGUGCCAAACAACGAAAAGGCAGAGCGGGGCGAUGUAGACCUGGAGUUUGUUUCCGUCUGUUUAGUAGAAUCCGAUUUCAGAAUAUGUUGGAAUUUCAGACUCCAGAACUUUUGAGAAUGCCAUUACAGGAACUUUGUUUACAUACCAAGCUGUUAGCUCCAAUUAGUUGUACCAUAGCUGAUUUCCUUAUGAGAGCUCCUGAACCUCCACCAGCUUUAAUUGUAAGAAAUGCUGUACAGAUGCUUAAGUCAAUAGAUGCAAUGGAUGCAUGGGAAGAUCUCACUGAGCUUGGAUAUCAUUUGGCUGACCUGCCAGUAGAACCACAUCUUGGUAAAAUGGUGCUAUGUGCUGUUGUUUUAAAGUGUCUGGAUCCCAUCCUUACGAUUGCCUGCACACUAGCUUAUCGAGACCCUUUUGUACUGCCUACUCAGGCCUCUCAAAAACGUGCUGCUAUGCUUUGUAGGAAACGUUUCACUGCAGGAACGUUCAGUGACCAUAUGGCACUUCUCAGAGCAUUCCAGGCAUGGCAGAAAGCACGAAGUGAUGGGUGGGAGCGGGCCUUUUGUGAAAAGAAUUUUCUUUCACAAGCCACCAUGGAAAUAAUUAUAGGCAUGAGAACACAGUUGCUUGGUCAGCUUAGAGCAUCAGGCUUUGUUAGAGCAAGAGGAGGUGGUGACAUUCGAGAUGUUAACACAAACUCGGAGAACUGGGCUGUUGUUAAAGCUGCAUUGGUGGCAGGCAUGUAUCCCAAUUUAGUCCAUGUGGACAGAGAAAAUGUAGCAUUGACUGGGCCAAAGGAGAAAAAAGUACGAUUUCAUCCCACUUCAGUUCUCAGUCAGCCUCAGUACAAAAAGAUUCCUCCAGCCAACGGUCAAGCUGCAGCAAUCCAAGCACUGCCCACUGAUUGGCUUAUUUAUGAUGAGAUGACCAGAGCCUAUAGAAUAGCUAAUAUUAGAUGUUGUUCAGCAGUGACACCAGUUACUGUUUUGGUGUUCUGUGGGCCAGCCAGGUUGCCAAGUAAUGCUCUUCAGGAACCUUCAUCCUUUAGAGCAGAUGGCAUUCCCAAUGACAGUAGUGACAGUGAAAUGGAGGACAGAACUACUGCUAAUUUGGUGGCUUUGAAGCUUGAUGAGUGGCUCAAUUUUAAACUAGAACCAGAGGCAGCCAGUUUAUUGCUGCAACUCAGACAGAAGUGGCAUAGCUUAUUUUUACGCCGAAUGAGAGCUCCAUCUAAACCUUGGUCUCAAGUUGAUGAAGCUACCAUAAGAGCAAUUAUAGCUGUUUUAAGCACUGAAGAACAGUCUGCAGGUUUACAACAACCAUCUGGGAUUGGCCAAAGGCCAAGACCUAUGUCUUCAGAAGAACUUCCUUUGGCAUCAUCUUGGAGGGCAAAUAAUAGCAGGAAAAGUGCAGCAGAUUGUGAAUUUUCUGAUGAGUCUACUACUGCUGAAAGAGUGUUAAUGAAAUCUCCGUCUACAGCAUUACAUCCACCUCAGAAAUACAAAGAUAGAGGAAUUUUACAUCCUAAACGAAGUACAGAUGACCGAUCAGAUCAAUCUUAUUUAAAAUCUACAGAUAUCAGUAGUUACCCAGGUCCUUGUGCUAGUCCUUCUCCUCCAUCCUCAGGAAAGGGCUCAAAAUCUCCAUCACCAAGACCAAAUAUGCCUGUUCGAUACUUCAUAAUGAAGAGUAGCAAUCUGAGAAACCUUGAAAUUUCUCAACAAAAGGGUAUCUGGUCUACAACCCCAAGUAAUGAGCGAAAGCUAAAUCGAGCCUUUUGGGAAAGCAGCAUGGUUUACUUGGUAUUUUCUGUUCAAGGAUCUGGACAUUUCCAGGGAUUUUCAAGGAUGUCUUCAGAGAUAGGAAGGGAGAAGAGCCAGGACUGGGGCUCAACUGGACUAGGGGGUGUAUUUAAGGUGGAGUGGAUAAGAAAAGAAAGCCUUCCCUUUCAGUUUGCACACCAUUUACUGAAUCCUUGGAAUGACAACAAGAAAGUACAGAUAAGCAGAGAUGGGCAGGAACUAGAACCUCAGGUUGGUGAACAGUUGCUCCAAUUAUGGGAACGCCUUCCAUUGGGAGAAAAACCCACCACUGACUGACACUCAGAACUCAGCUGUGGAAGAAAUCAUGCCUGUUAUAACUAUUGAAUGCACUGACUUCCAAAAAUUUAGAUAGGGUUGUGUGUCUCUGAAUGGCCUUUUCUUGUUUAGAAUGUUGCUUCAGAGUCACCACCAUCUUUAUAUAUAAGAGAAAAGGAUCAUUUAAAUCUUUAUAGUGGGCUGAAGAUACAGCUCAGUGACAAGUGCAAGGUCCUGAGUUCGAUCUCCGGUACUGGGAAAAAAAAUAUAUAAUCUAAGUCUAUAGUGACCAGAGAGGAUACCUAGGUAGUGUUUGUUAAUCAUCUCUUUAUUAAGGAAUAAAAUAGUAAUAGUUCAUUAUUUGACAUAGCAAUAUAUUUAAAACAAACAAUUUGAAGUUAAACAUUUCCAUAAAACCCUGACUUAACAAUUCUUACUGAUGACUUUGUAAUGUGGGAAAGGCCUGAAUAUAUCAGUACCUCUGAGCACCAUUUUAGAAGAGUCACUGAGCAUUAUUUUAGAAGAGUCAAUGCUUUAAGAAAUAUCAUUAACGAGUACAACCAAUGAGCCAAAUUCUAAAGAUAUCACCUUUAAAAAUAGAGUAUUUGGGCUGGGGAUUUAGCUCAGCGGUUCUGCUGCCUGCCUUGCAAGCACAAGGUCCCGAAUUCAAUCCCCGGUACCAAAAAAAAAAAAAAAGGUAUAAUAAGGUCUAUUCAUGUUACCAUUUUUAAUCUGAGUAUAUUAAAGAAAAAAGGGAUGUUCUUUUGCUCUGAUUAUAAAAUGCAGUAAAAGCUGAAAAAAGGGCACAAUUCCUCCCUGUCUUUGAUUUGAUGUUUAGUUUUAUUCCUGGUCCUAUCUCUUUUAACUUGAUGUAUACUAUACCCUUUCUUUCUUUCCUCCCAUUUAACAAACUUCACAAAUCUUUUAUAUGAGCACAGUAAUUAUGAUCUUUUUGUGUUGGUUACAAAAACUUGAUUUAGAUAAAAGUUAAAAACAAAUUCAUAAAAGUUUUAAGUGCUCAGUAGUUAUUGGUAGUUAUUAGUAUCAUUAUAGCUUGGUUGCUAUGUUUUUGAAACUAAAAUGCAGAAAGACCACAGAUCCAAAAGGCUUCUUCCAUUUAUUUUUCAUUACUUUUUCUUGACUUAUAUUCUCAGAUACGAUUUACCUCUUUUUCACAUUUAUAGUUUAAUAAUUUUUUUCUUUUUUCUUUUGUAAACCUGUGCUAAUGCCAAGUUACGUACUUAUUGGCAUUCUCAGGAUUAUUUGACUUGAUAUUGUUUAUAAAGUUUUCUUAGAGUGCUCGCUUUGGCAGCACAUAUAAAAAAGUUUUCUUAGAGACUUUUUUUUUGGUUCCGGGGAUUGAACUCAGAACCUUGGCUCCUUGCACGGCAGGUGCUGGAACCACUGAGCUAAAUCCCCGGCCCUCUCAGAGACUUUUUAAAGGGAAAAUAGAGGUACAGGGAAAAGUGAAAGAAAUGUCUUGGUUUCUAAGCUCUAAGUAUUGAACAUGUUUGAUAUAUUUUUCAUGAUACAUUUGAGUCAUUAUUAUUAAAAGAACAUGAAUCCAAUUUAAAGACCAAAAAGAAAACUCGUAAGUUCUCUGGUUCUCCAUUUGAGAAUAAAGAAGUGAAAAAUUAUGGCUCAAUAUAAAAUCUUAAGAAUCCUCUACUUUUUUGGUAAAACGAUGUAUAUUAGUAUGCUAAUUUAGAAUGUCAGCUGUGAAUUUUGCCUCUAUUAGUAAUUAGCUUUUUAAAAAUACUUUGAGACAUACCUGUAAAUGGAGCUUAUGUGAAUUCUGUGAAUUAUCUUUCAUUGUAUCUAUUACUUUUUUUCUUAUUAGAAUAACUUGUAUUUUUCUGAUAAUGUAUACUUUUUAAAAGUAUACAUUUAGUAGUUCACAUUGUUCAAACUUUGGAAGGACUUUUUAAAAUUAAAACUUGUUUUAAAUUUUAAUCUGCUUUCUAAUAUUUAGCCCUGUAUAUAAAUGAUGAGUUUGUUGGUAAAAUAAAUACAAUUUGAAUGUAAUUAAAAUGCUGUUUUUGGAGGAGAUGAACUUUAAAUAUCCUUAUUAAAUGAAAUUCUAUUAAAUUA